AUGGCAAUUGCUUUACGGUUUUAUGAUGCUUGUAUUCCAACAAAUGCAGUGAAUUCUCCAUAUUUUCAUAAAGUAGUUGACAAAAUAACUAGUAUGGGUCAUGGAUACAAGGCUCCUAAUUAUCAUGCAUUGCGUGUUAAUUUAUUGAGGGAUGCGAAGACAAAGCUAAUUAUUGAUUCUUUUCGAUCACAUUGGGCUGAAGUCGGAUGCACAAUUAUGGGUGAUGGAUGGAUAGAAACUAGGCAAAGGCCAUUGAUUAACUUUUUGGUGUAUUGUUCAAAGGGCCUAUCAUUCAUCAAGUCUGUUAAUGCCUCAAAUUUCAUAACGGAUGCUAAAACAUUAGGUAAUUUUUUUGCAGAGAUUCUUGAGUUUGUUGGUCCAAACAAUGUGGUUCAUAUGGUGACAGACAAUGGUGCAAAUUAUAAAGUUGCUGGGAGGAAAUUUUCAGAGAGAUAUCCUACUAUUCGAUGGUCUCCAUGUGCUGCUCAUUGUAUCAAUUUGAUUAUGAAAGAUAUGUCAAAGAUGAAUGAUGUGAAAAAUGUUGCUACUUUAGCUUCAAUGGUCACUGUUUUCAUCUACAAUCACAAAUGGACCUUGAAUUGGUUGAGGAUGAGGCCUGGUUGGAAAGAGAUAGUUCAUCUAGGAGCUACUCGUUUUGCCACAACACUUAUUGCAUUGAAGAGUUUACAUGAUCACAAAUAUCACUUGCAAGCUUUGGUGCUAAGUGAUGCCUAUAAAAAAUUUCUUAAGAUGCCAAAAGGUAGAGAAGUUAAGCAAAUUGUUUUAGAUGAAAGAUUUUGGAACAAUAGCUUGAUCUUUGUCAGAAUAAUGACACCUUUGAUACGCCUUUUGUGCAUUUGUGAUUCUAAUGAAAAACCAUCAUUAGGGUAUGUUUAUGAUGGAAUGUAUAGGGCUCGUAAAGGGAUAAAAAAUUUAUUCAAAGGAAGGAAGACUUUGUACAAGCCUUAUACUGCAUUGAUCAAGGGACGAUGGGAUAGAAUGUUACGCCAUGAUCUUCAUGCUGUAGCAUAUUGGUUCAAUCUAGUUUUUCAAUAUGAUCAAGAAAAUUCUUGCAAAAAGCUAGAAAUUAUGAGAGGAGUUUUGGAUGUAAUUGACAAGAAGAAACUUUACAAGAAGCAAAAACUAGUUUAUGAGAUUCCAUUUUUUCGAGAUAAAGAGCAAGGUUUUUCACAAGAUUUGGCUAUUACAAGUUGCAGGACUAUUAGACCCGAUGAUUGGUGGAAGAUAUUUGGUUAUGGUGCUCCAACUUUGCAAAAGUUGGCAAUAAGAAUUCUUAGUCAAAAAUCUUCUUCGUCUGGAUGUGAACGCAAUUGGAGUGUGUUUGAGCAUAUACAUACUAAAAAGAGAAACAGAUUAGAACAUCAAAGGCUCAAUGACUUGGUAUAUGUUCAUUACAAUUUGCGUUUACAAAAUAGGUCUAAAGUUGACAAAAGAUCUUAUGACCCUAUUGAUUAUGAAUCAAUCGACAAACCUGAGUUUUGGAUAUUAGAAGAAGAGGAAGAAGGCGAACUUGACAUUGAUGAGUGA